UCGUUGAAGCUCACAAUGUAAACAGACAGCCGACACACCGGCUUGCCUCUAGGAGCGAGGGACUGAUUUACUCCCGUAAGACUAAUAGUUCCUUAUAAUAUUCCUUGGUUAGAACAGAGUAAAAUAUGACGGCCUCCUUAAGCCCCAGUUGAGAGCUACAGAAGUUACUGAAGACCAUCAUUAUGAUAAGCAGAGGUUGGGUUUUACGAAGAUGGCUUCAACCAAGAAGCAUCAGUCAAGUUUCAGUUUUGGCACAUAGUGUGGUGGCGCUAACUCCUCCGGAGGUUGGUCGCAACACUUUACGAGUGGCACCAUGUCUGUUAUGUGGGCAUCAUCAGCCUUUAUUUUUACAUGUCUCAUCAACUUUACACAAGAAAAGGAAAGGAAGAGAUGAGAAGAAAGCUGUGAUGUUAAAUCCUAAGAGUCUUAAAAAGGAGAAAGCUGCUGUGGUCAGCAUCUGGAAGAACAUGACAGUUCAAGAGCUUGCUGAUGCCCUGGGAAAAGAUCUGGACACUGUGUUUGAAAUAUUCAUAUAUGUGGAGAAUAGUGAUCCAUACGACAGCCCCACAGCUGUCAUAGACAACCUGAAAGUCAUACAAGAUGCUGUUAAGAGAGCCGGCUUACGCUUUAAAAUUGACAAUCCUGAAGACAAGAAAGAAAAAGUGAAGGAGAAUAAAGAUGUUUUCAGAAGACCUCCACCGAAGGAGAGUGACCUUAUCCCUAGACCACCUGUAGUAACCAUAAUGGGACAUGUUGAUCAUGGCAAGACUACUUUACUGGAUGCCCUGAGACACUCUGCCAUUGUUGACACAGAGUUUGGGGGAAUCACUCAGCACAUUGGGGCAUUUUCUGUAAAACUUGACUCGGGCGAAGAAGUAACAUUCCUGGACACUCCCGGCCACGCUGCCUUCAAGGCGAUGCGGGCACGGGGAGCAACUGUGACUGACGUGGUGGUGCUGGUGGUUGCUGCUGAUGAUGGUGUCAUGGAGCAGACUAAAGAAUCCAUUCAACAUGCUUUAGAAGCCAAUGUUCCCAUUGUUGUGGCCAUCAACAAGAUUGACAAGCCAGAAGCUGACAUUCCACGUACCAGAGAAAUGUUGCUCCAUAAUGGCCUGCAACUGGAGGAAGAUGGUGGGGAGGUGCAGGCUGUACCAGUGUCCGCUCUCAAAGGCCAGAACCUUAAUUUGCUGGUAGAGGCCAUAGUCACCCAAGCAGAGCUGCUCAACCUUAAAGCUGACCCUCGUGGCCUGGUAGAAGCUGUUGUUGUGGAGUCAAAACUUGACCCUGGUAGAGGAAAGGUAGCAACAUGUGUGAUAGAGAGAGGCACGUUGAGAAAAGGAGCAGUGUUAGUCGCUGGGACUGCCUGGUGCAAAGUGCGUAAUAUGUUCAAUGAUGCAGGAAAAUCAGUUAAAGCUGCUCCACCUGCCACACCUGUCCAAGUUAUUGGAUGGAGGGAGCUACCAUCAGCAGGUGACCUGAUACUGGAGGUGGAAUCAGAGCGACAAGCAACAGAGGUGGUCCACUGGAGAAACCAUGAAUUUAAAUUAGAGAAGCAGGAAGAAGAACAAGCAGCUAUACAAGACAAGUUAAAUGAACACCUCAGAGUGUAUAAAGCUCAGUUAGAAGAGAAAAGAAGACUGGGCAUCAGGUUCAAACGUCGUCGUCGAGAACCUCGUAAGAAAGAGAACAUAGAAUUAGAUACAGGACCUCGAGUGUCUGUGGUGCUGAAGGGGGAUGUAGAUGGCACUGUAGAGGCCAUCCUCAACGUGCUGGACACUUACCACAGUGAAGAAUGUCAGCUGGACAUCAUCAGCUAUGGUGUGGGCACAGUUUCCCCCAAUGACGUGACAAUGGCCUCAUCAUUUAAUGGAUCAAUUUACACAUUCAAUACACAAGUCCCUCCUGAUGUACGGAAGAUGGCCAUAGCAGAGGGGGUGACCAUCAAGGAAAACAAUGUGAUAUAUCAUUUGGUGGAAGAUUUAAAGAAGGAAUUAUCAGAAAAUUUACCUUUUAAAGAGGUGGAAGAAGUCUUGGGUGAAGCAAAUGUGAUAGAAGAGUUUGUUAUAACAGAAGGCAAAAAGAAGGUACCAGUUGCUGGCUGUCGCUGUGUCAAAGGAACACUCAAGAAAGAAGCAUUAUACCGAGUAAUUCGAGGACAAGAUACUAUACAGGAGGGGAUGCUAUCAUCAAUGCGUCACUUAAAGUCGGAAGUGGCCACUAUCAAUCGAGGAAAUGAAUGUGGACUAAAGUUUACUGAUGAAUCACUGCGGUUUGAACCUGGUGACACAUUAGUAUGUUACAAGAUAAACAAGGUACAGCAGGUCACAGACUGGGAUCCAGGGUUCUAGAAAAGAGUAACAUGUAUGGAGUGAUCUUGACACCAGGAUCACCAUUUCUAGAACGGAAUCAAAGCUUGGCACGCUUUUUGUUACGCUUACUGCUAACUCCUCUUGUAUUUGUACAAAUGCAAUAAAUAUAAGACUGUUA